AUGGACCUCAUGGACAACAUAGACGAUAUAGACGACAUAGAUAACAUAGACAAUAUGAACGAUACAGUCGAUAAGGACAAUAAAGACAACAUAGAUAACACGGAUAGCACGGACGACACGGACGAUACGAACGACACGGACGGCACGAACGACACGGACGGCACGAACGGCAUGGGCGCUAUGGACGCUAUGGACGCCAUGGACGAUACGGACGACACGGACGGCAUGGACAACAUGGACAACAUGGACAACAUGGACGAUACUGAUGACAAUUACGGCUUGGACAGCAUGGACGACACAGACGACACAGACAAGUACGGCAUGGACGACAAGGAUGACAGGGCCGGCACAGUCGCCCUAUACCGCAUGGACAACGAUGAGGUCCUUCGACUCGCCAUGCUCAACGCGCUCAAUGACGAAAAGAAUUAUCUAGUUCCUGUAGAGGCACGGAACCUAGACCUGCAUCACGCAAGAAUUGCUUCUAAUGUUCUGCUUAGAUUCAAGCUGAACGAUAGUAAGCCCGACUUAGACAUGGAAGAAUUCUUCUUUUCCGCAAUGGAUGUCUGCGAAAUGUUAAUAAGUGAUUAUUCAUUCGCCGAAAACCAUUGCCGGAUCCUGGCUAUCGCUUGUGAUCUGUGCUACCGCCUAGACGGAGGCGUCAAUGACCGAUGGGGUCCAUCUACCCUACCCGAACGCUGUACCAAGACUUGGGAUGAGGACGUUCCCGACGAAACACAUGAAAACGCACAGCUAUUCCUCUUCGGCUGGGAGAAACUGAAUUCAUUUCUCUCACAUCUUGUGAGCCGUGGAUAUCGCCAUGGCCUACGCCUGGGCUUGUUGGAGAUCGGGAGAGCACUCGAACAGCCUAUAGUAACAGGGUGUCCUUUUUUAAUGUGCUGCCGGGUGCGGGUGGCCGCGGAGUGGAUAAUAAAUUGCGGCGACCUUUUAUUGACGGCAAUGAUCAACCAGAAGCACGACAGCGUCGAUGAAGCCAUGAAACCGGGCCCGAUCUACGGGGAAGGACUCCCCUUUUUGAGCCCGGAUCGGUGGGGAUUUUGGAAGAAGCGGCUCAGAAAGUUUAAAGUGAGAGGUGUCUUGGACUUCGAGACUGAAAUCCUUGUGGCCAUUGCCUUGAAAGUGAUGCGGGAACCUUCCAGAUUGGAGAAGCGGAACUCAUCGCUGGAUCGUGCUAUCAAGAAACAACUGGGGUUUGUUGACACAAAGGGUCGAUCCAAGGCAAUUGAUGCCGCGAAAGCACGCUUCCGCCGAGGGACUGUCUGCCGCUCUUCGAGAUCAAGGUUGUCGAAGUCUGGUAGACGUAGGCAGUAG